AGAAGCUACAAAAUCCCCAUUUCGAUCAAAACGAACCCCCAAAAAAGACACGGAAACCCCCUUUUUUAUUCCUCAUCCACUCGCCGCACGACGAAGAGGAGAGCGGCUCCCGUUCCCCACCACCUACUCGGCGUCUCGGCCCGGAGCAGCAGGUUCUCGAAGCGAGCCGCGAAACAUUCUCGCGCCAAUUGUGGGGGCCAUGGGCGCCAACGGCCACCCGCCGCCGGCGAGCACCGCCGCACAGAACGGGUCCCACUCCGGCGGCGGCGGAGGAGGAGGAGGGGGAGGGGGAGGGGGAGCUAACCCUAGCAACGGCGGCACGGCGGCGGCGCUUCGGCACGACCCUGGCCUGGCGCGGGAGUGGUCGCCGGAGGAGCAGGCCAUCCUCGACGAGCUGCUGGUCAAGUAUGCAUCCGAUUUACCUGUGGUACGUUAUGCAAAAAUUGCGAUGAAGUUGCCAGAGAAAACAGUUCGGGAUGUAGCCUUGCGCUGCCGAUGGAUGAAUAAAAAGGAGAGUGCCAAAAGAAAGAAAGAGGAUCACAGCUCGUCUAAGAAAAGCAAGGACAAAAAGGAGAAGGUUUCAGAUUCUUCAUCAAAACCACCUGUCCAUAUGGCUGGUAGGCCUAGUGUUCCUCCAUACCCUCUUCCAGUUCUUCCAAUGGACGAUGAUGAAAUCUCAUCCAAAGCCAUUGGAGGUCCAACAGGCGAAAUCCUUGAAACUAAUGCCCAGGUUUUGAGUCAAAUUUCGUCAAACCUUAGCAACAUGCAGAUACAGGACAACAUCUCUCUGCUGUGCCAAACUCGAGAUAAUAUACUCAGGGUCUUGAAAGAGAUAAACGAUGCUCCAGAGAUCAUGAAGCAGAUGCCCCCGCUACCUGUGAAGAUAAACGAGGACCUCGUCAACUCGUUGCUCCCCAGACCAACUGUACCUAUGCAGUAGUGAUAGCAAAAUGACUGUAUCCUCUGUAGUCCCGAGAGAUCUUUAGAUAGGCAGCUGAAAUAAAAAAAAGGGGGCAGCCCUGGGUACUUGUUCGUUCGUUCUGUAGCUCCACAUCUCACCUCUUCUACCUUAUGUUUCGUCCGGAUGCUUAUGUUCCAACCUUUCCCAAGUCAGGCGGUUGAAACGUGUACCGAGUUACCAAGGGCUGCUUCUACAUCAGCAUCAGGUCCUGACUCUGUUUUGUAAUCUAUAGCUGUUUGGGUAAUGUCAUGGUAUCGUAAUCAGAGUAGUCUUGUUUGGAUGUAUAUAUAUCGACAUUAAUCCACAUGUAUCGGGUUGGAUUAAAGGGAAAAUAAUUAAGUUUUAUUUUAAUUCA